AUGCCAUGCCCCGUGGAAGAGAUCGUCAAAACCUAUGAAGAUGAUCCAACAAUAGUACAACGCAUCGCAACGCGCAAGACUAAACUUCCGCUCGCGAUCGAGCCCCCAAACCCGGCUUGGCCCGAACACUUUGAGUUCCUCAAGGCCCGCAUAAUCGGCGCCAUCGGCCCCACGGCCGUGAGCAUCUCCCACGUCGGCUCAACCUCCGUCCCGAACCUCCCCGCCAAGGCCGUCAUCGACGUUGACCUGGCGAUUACGAACCCGACGGCCGAAGAUGAGUACGCUCCUGCACUGGAGGCGGCCGGUUUUCAGUUCCUCUUACGCGAGCCCGAAUGGCAUGAACAUCGAUUCUUCGCGAUGAUCGGGACGGCGGAGAUGGAGAGGCACUUGGUUAUGAAAGAAUGGCUCAUGACGCACGAAGAUGACAAGGAAUUGUAUGCGCAGGCUAAGAUUGAUGCUGCGGGGGUGAGUAACGGGCUGGGUGAGACGGUGGUGGAGUACAAUUUCCGCAAGGAGAAUGUCAUUCGGGAGAUUCUCGAAAGGGCUUUCCGCGCAAAGGGGUAUCUUCCCGAUGUCGAGAAGUGA